AUGAGGCGCAAAAGAAGCGGCAGGGUCGGCGUCGGAAGCACAGUUGCGGAGCGUGACACUACGAAAUUUCACCGUUGGCUGACCCUCUUGCCAAGUAGCUUGGCCUGCGCUUCCUCGCCUAUAGAAAGAUGGCCGCCCUUCCCGUUCGCCGUUUCUGCACUAUUCUCAGUGAAGUUGCAACCAACAGCAUUCGAUUCUUCCACUGACUCGCAGCUUGAGAUUAUCGACGAAACAGACUCCGACGACCCUUUGGUCUUAGCUCGGAGGAUCGAGACUUGUCACAAAACGGAAGGGAUUGAUUUCCUCACUCGCUUGGAUCACGGCGCUGUUGCGCUGAGUGACACCGUGCUGCUUCGGGCAAGCGCUGCCAACCUGGAGAUUCGUUUCAUGCAAAUGACAUUUCUGCUUCGUCGCGCCUAA